UUGAAACCAGUGGUUCAGUUUAAUCCAACCCGGCGACCAGAGUUGUUCUUACAGUUGAAUUAUGACCGUAGAAACCGCGACAGUGUCAAGUCUUGUUCCUCCAAAGAAACGCGAGUACUCCGACUAUCCUUGUCAUAGUUCAAGUCCUGAUAUGGAUCUUCAUCAUUCUCCACCCACCCCUGAUAUAUCCCAGGAGGAUAUACCAGGCCUAGCUUGCAAAUCUGAACCUAUUAAAUCCUCUGGGUUCAUGAUCACAGAUAUCUUGUCUCCUCCUAACUCAGGACUUCGUCUUGGACAGUUUGCAUCCGCUCAUCAUAUGGUUAGAGUUUCAUCUCCUCAUGAUACAACUAGUUCUGAUGCUGGAAGCUACAAGGAUAACGAUAUAUCCGACGACGGAGAAGACGAUGAAACUUCUCCGUCCUGCAGUGCUCGCGAGGCAGCCCUGAGAAAACAGAGAAAAGCUCGAACCGCGUUUACAGAUUAUCAACUUCAGACUUUGGAACGAAGCUUCGAGAAGCAGAAAUAUUUGUCUGUACAGGACAGACAAGAGCUGGCAGCUAAACUAAACCUGACAGAUACUCAAGUUAAGACCUGGUAUCAGAACCGCAGAACCAAGUGGAAGAGAACCACUAGUGUAGGUUUAGAGUUGUUGGCGGAGACAGGAAACUACUCCGCCCUGCAGGCCUUGUAUAGAUCUCCUUAUCCUGGAUAUCCUUCUCCUCUUCUAGCUGGAGCUGGUAUAUCUCCCCUAGAGAUGUAUUACCGCCAGGCUGCCGCCGCCUCCGCUGCUCUAUCAGCUGCUGGAGCUGCUGCCAAAUCUCCCUUUCAUUUCCCUAUGUUUGGUUCAAGACCUCCAGGUUCCAUUCCUCUUCCAGCAUCUUUACCCAUCCUUCCUUCAUCUCAGUUCUUAGCAGCUUGUUCUUCACCUUCAUCUUCAUCCCCGCCUUCAUCCUCAACCCAUACUUUUAGUACAGUGAUAAAACCAACCCCUGUGACUCCACCUCUCUCAAGAUAAGAAUCUCUCCUCCCUGGCGUUUAACCCCCCCCCCCCCCCUCAGUGAGUAGAAGGGGAUGGGGGCCGCCACCGGACCCUACCAAAGAUCUCAAAACUCAAUUAUAUAAGAUUUGAGAAGACGAAUCAGUUGUGAUAUCUCAUGAAACCAGAAGAAGGACGGAGAAGAAUAACUCAAUUUGAAACAGAUCCUGGUGCUCACCCAGAUCCUUGUUGUUUCAGAUCUCGGAGUCAAGAUUGUCCAAGAAAUCCUUCCUUAUCCUCUCUUUCUCUCCUGUCCCCUUGUCAGAGUCCGACCCCUGGUUCAAGUUUUGUACAGACCGAUCUUUUGUUGAUUAAUUGAUAGAUUAGAGUUGCCAUAAAUUUGUUUAUCCCUUUAUUGAGUAUAAUAAAGUUAGUAUAAUAAUAGUGAUAUUAA